GCAACCCGUCGUCGCUGCCAGAAUGAAGAACGACUCGUCCCUGGCGACGACGAUCAUCAAGUACCACAUCGUGAAAGGCAGCUCCUUUUUCAUUGCCGAUCUUAUGGUGGACGAGAAGAUGCUACCGUCAAUGGAAGAACGCAGCAUCAGAGUGAACCACUUCCUAAACAACGGGCACACGACAGUGGGUGGGGCACGUUUGUACAUCUUUGAUAUCAAAGCGACGAACGGCGUCGUGCACCAGACGAUUGACUUCAUGAUACCCCCGAUCGGCAGCGUCGUCGACGUCAUCAACAACGACCCCGAACUCACUACGUUGAAGAAGGUUGUACAGAGCAGCUCUGGGCUGACCAAAUUCCUACAAGGAAUUGAACUUUAA